AAGAAGGAAGACGGCGCCGAGGGCGGCGAGCAGGGCGCAGACGGCUCGGUCGCGAGUCGGGGCGCGCCGGCUGGCGGUGCGGGCGCGGGCGCCGGUGGCAUCCCGGGCUUCCCUGGCAUGGGCGGCGGCAUGCCCGACCUCGCGUCGAUGAUGAACAACCCGGCCAUUGUGAACAGGGCCCAGUCGUUGAUGCAGAAUGGCGGAAUGGAGCAGAUUAUGAACAACCCGAUGAUGCAGCGCAUGAUGAACGGCAUGGGCGGCGGCGGCGGCGGCAUGCCCGACAUUGGAGAACUCAUGAACGACCCGACUAUGCGUCGCAUGGCGGAGCAGUUUGGCUCGGCGAUGGGCGGCGCUGGCGGCCGUGGCGGUGCGGGAGGAGCUGGCGGCGACUCGUCCAACGGCAACAACGGCAACAUGUACUCUUGAACGGCCGAGGACUCGGAUCAGUAGCUCAGUUGUACCACUUGCAAGGUCUUGCAGUCUGCCCUG